UCAAUAAGGUGACAAGUAGAGGGUUUAUACCGAUCCGAUCGCAACGAGUACGAGUAUCCCCCAGCACCCGAAGCCCACCAGAUUUGGCAGACCUCGAACUGGUGGCGAUUUUGGCCAUUCAGUUGCCUUAUCGACGGCCAUCCGGCAGGGUGUAAAAAAUAUAUACAUUAUUUUCUCCGGAAAUCGACAACAAAAAAUGGCCGACAAAAAUCAAUUUAUUUUUUUGAUUUUUAUAAUCAUUGGGAUUGUAAUUCAGCAGGGAAAUGUCAGUGAGGCUGCCGACAAGGAUGGCUUCCCGGUGGCCAUUAUUCACAUCAACGACUUGCACGCGAGGUUCGAGGCCACGGACACCUCUGGUGGCACCUGCGACGAGGGCGAGACCUGCAUCGGAGGCUAUCCCCGUACCGUCUACACGAUCCGCCGCCUCCUCGCCGAGCAGGCCGAACUGAAUCCCAUCUACAUCAAUGCGGGCGACAGUUUCCAGGGCACCUUGUGGUACAACUUGGGGCGCUGGAAUGUCACCCAGCAGCUGCUCAAUAUCCUGCCCGCCGAUGCCAUGACCCUGGGCAACCACGAGUUCGACAAUGGUGUGGAGGGUGUGGUGCCCUUCCUGCAGACGAUCAACACCAGCAUGUUGGUGGCCAACAUGGACUGCGCCCACGAACCCACCAUGGACGGCUUGUACAAAAAAUCCGAGAUCAUCGAACGGAACGGUCGAAAAAUCGGUCUCAUCGGUGUUAUCCUGGAAACCACAUACGAACUGGCCAAUACUGGGAAACUGAUCUUCCGGAACGAGAGCGACACAAUCCGUGAAGAAGCGGCGUUGCUGAAGGCCCAGGGAGCCAACAUCAUCAUCGUGAUCUCCCAUUGCGGCUAUGAUGUGGACCAGGAUAUUGCCGCCAAUGCCGGUGAUGUGAUCGACGUAAUUGUGGGCUCGCACUCGCAUACAUUCCUUUACACGGGUACUCCUCCUGGUCCUCACAAUGCUGCGGGUCCCUACCCCACGGAGGUCGUCCACAGCACCGGACAUCGUGUCCUUAUUGUCCAGGCAUCGGCGUAUGCCCGGUAUGUGGGUAACUUGGUGGUCUAUUUCGAUGACAAUGGCGAUGUGGUGGACUUUGAGGGAGCUCCUCUCUACAUGGGACAAGAUGUACCACAGGAUGAGGAUGUUCUGGUGGCCAUGGCACCAUGGCAAGUGGAAAUCGACAAAAAGGGCAAGGAGGUGAUUGGCAGCACCAAGGUGGAUCUCACCAAGGACGACUGUUCCGAGGGCGAGUGCAAUUUGGGGAACUUCUUCUGCGAUGCGAUGGUGCAUUCCUUUGUAGGAAUGGCUUCUUACGAGCAAAAGGCCUGGACAAAUGUUUCCGCAGGACUUAUGAAUAUUGGAGGAUUACGAGUACCUCUCACCAGGGGAAACCUCACCUAUGCCCAUAUGGUCAGCAUGUCACCCUUUGAGAACACCCUGGUGGCCUACAGCUUACCUGGCACCAAAAUUGUGGAGGCGAUGGAGCAUGCUGUCAGUAAAGUGGACUUGGAGAACGAAACAACUGGCUCGUAUAUUAAUCUCCAGUUCUCUGGUAUCCGGGUGAAGUAUGACUUCACCAAGCCCGUCGGAUCCCGGGUGAUUUCUGUGUCGGUACGCUGUGCCGACUGCGAGGUGCCCAAGUAUGAGACCCUAGUGAGCGAUAAGCUCUACAGGCUCACCUCUCCGGACUUCCUGCAGCAGGGCGGCGAUGGAUAUACCAUGCUGGCCGAGGGCACUGAUAUCCAGCGAGGAAUGACCGAUCUGAAUGCCCUCAUCUCGUACAGCAACCAUAUUGGUCCCAUUAUUCAUGGUCUGGAGGGACGCAUCACUGUUCUUAACUGAUCUACGAAUCAAAAAUAAGCUGUACUGCCAUAAAGUUUUUUUUUUUAACAGUAAAAACUUUUU